CUCAAACUCGCAGCUUCAACUUGCCACAUUAUAUUUUUUUUCCACCAUGGAGUCUGCUAAAGUCCUAAAUAAACUAUUGAAGGAAGCUCCCAAAGAUUCUAAAGGAAGCAAAGAGAUUGAAGAGUUACGAAACCUGAUCAUAGAGCUGAUGAAACCACGACUGGGACAACUACUUCAGAUACUAAAGACUCGCAUGAUAGCUUCCACUCGAGAUGAGUUUCAAGAUGAAAAUGAAGACUGGUGGCCAGAUUAUGAGCUAUUAUCAGCAGACUGGAGAGCCUUCACAGAUAUGAAUGGUCUUUUAGUCUGCACUCAGAAUGCUUUAAAGGGACUACCGGGUGAUCUUAAGGCCAUUGGUGAAAAGUUCGAUUAUGCCUAUUCCGUUGCAAAGCCUAUAACUGCUCGAAAUAAGACCAAAAACUAUUUUUUAGUAGUGGAACUUAUAGAGGACAUGGAGGACUUUGUAACGCACCUCAGCCGCCUGUGUAGCAAGAAUCUGGACGAGCGAAGGGACCUAUACGAUCUGGCUUCGAUAACUAAAGAUACUGGCGAUAGAAUCAAGGUGAAAGUCUUCGAUGAACGCAUCUUUGUGCAAUUGCAGUCGCGAAUUGCAAGUCUUAGGAACUACAUAAGGGACUUCUGUGCCCUUUUCGAUGCCCACUUGGAGUCCGAAGAGGAGGAUGAAUUCGAAACAUUAGAUAUGUUGGCAAAACCCCAAGGACCACUUGCCACGGGAACCAAUGCUGAUAAGGCCCGGACUUAAGCCAAAUCGAUCAGGAAGUCAUCUCACCGUCUAUUCCCAUGGCAUGGCUUCCAACGGUUUUCAUUGUACAAUACCCACACUUGGAGCUACAGAACACAGAAACAUGACUCCGGCAUAUGGGCGGUAAUAAAGAGUUCGCCUCCAGUGUAUUGGAGUAUCUGGG